AUGACUCUGCUGAUUCUGGUGUUAAUGAAAAACUUGAUAUUUCUCCCUCUGAUACUGAAAACGAGAAUAAUUCGGAUCAUCAAUUGUGUGGCAAGAAAUUAACAUUUGCGGCCUAUUUGAAUUUCAAUAACUAGACCAAUGAAAACAACGCACAAGUUGAUCAGUCUCACAGAUUACAUCAUGGCCUGUCCACCAGACUUUAUGUGUGAAUCUUUUUAAGCUUUAAAAAUCCUCAUAUUUUUUAAAAAGUGUUUAAUGAUAUACUAAGUUAGAUAUUGAUUGUUCAAGAUAAAAUAUUUUAUGAUGAA